AGGGUCAGUUGAGCGCGAUAUGAGGUGGCUGUGAAUCCCCUUGUACUUCAGAAUAAAGUUCCUCUGAACUUGGCUCACACUGCAGCAGAUUUCCUGUUAAAGAGUCGGCUCUGCUUGUGGCUCAUCUGACUGACUGUGGUGAGUUGCAUUUCGGGGCAGAGAUGAAGAGUCGCACAAGGAUAUGCUUUUAAAACCAUUCCACAAACGGAGUACACAUUUUGCAUUAGAACUGUCUCUUUUUUAUUGCAUUUGAAGAUGAUGCGAUUGCUGUUCCUCUGUCUGCUGCUGCUGCUGCCAGCUGCUACUGCUGUUUCAAAAGAGAUUGAAGGAUCAGCUAAUGGAGGUCUGGAUGAUGAUGAUGAGGAUUCUAUUCAGCAUACAGCGAUUCCAAUUUUUGACUCAGCUGCAGAUAAAACUACUGGUCUAAAAGAAGACCAAACCACCCUGAUUGUCAUAAUUGUAGCUGUGGUUGCAUUGAUUCUGUCAGUUGCUGUGAUAGUCGCCAUAAUCUCAGUAAGACACCACAAGUACAAUCGGCAGCAAGGGAUCUACUCCGUUCCUACGGAGCAGGACCAGAAAGGGGCCGUCUAGUUCCUGGUGGAGUAGCAGUCCAAUACACAAACAGACAAGAGAGGAGCAAUACACCAGGCUAUGUCAUCUCCUACUCUUUGACUCAGGACGGUUAGACUUCUUUGCACAGCAGCCUGCUUCUCCCCAUUCAGUUCAUUACUCCUAUCAAUACAAAUGGUGUGUGUGUGUGUGUGUGUGUGUGUGUUGUCUUUGUCCCAGCCGUCUAUACUCACAUACACGCAAUUUAGCCAGAGACAUUUGGAACACAUUCAAACCUUCUAAUUGGAUUCUAUUUGAGGAAUGCAAAUCAAAGCCCGUGACUAUGGCUUAAAGGUUCUUUUGUUAAAAGAGAUAAUUUAGCACAGCCAAUGCUCCCCCUUUUUUAUACUACCUGAAACAAAUUAUUCCCGCCAGCUAUGCAGUGAAACUAUUUUCGUUUGAUUUGGUGCAUGUGGAACCGACCAGUCUGUGUAAAAUGAAUGAGACAAACCAUGCUAUUCCACACUAAGCCAGCGCAGUGCUCACUUCAUUCUCCUAUUCACUUGUCUGACACCUUGUUCUUGGCCCAUUAGGAAUGACAGAAGGCAGUGCAAUAGGAAGAUAAAAACCUGUCCCCCGUUUUCUCAACCUCAGUA